GAACUCUCCCAAUAUUCAGACAACACCGCUAGCUAAACAGGCUUUAAACUCUGGUAAAAAAGAAAACGGGCUUUAAACAAGUGCAUGUACUCACUGCCCGGAAAAGAAAACAAAGGCUUUCUCUCAAAAGUUGCUCCCAGGAAUUCCAGGAGCGGCAACCAAGCGCGCACUCGCACCCCAACCGGCCACUGCCACCCGGCUCCGAGACAAAACCACAAACACCUCCCAGUCUCCCACGCUCGGCCAUGCCCCCUUGCCACCGCCGCUGCUAAUUAGCCGCGCUCGCUGGAAAAUCGGAAGUGCUUCCAUGGACCCUGCCUCAGAGGAGCUCGAACUCCGCAGCCGCUACCUCAGUUCGCUCGUUCGGCGCACCAGGCUCGCCGAUCCACCCAAGCCAGAGCCGGAGUCGCAGCCGGAACCGGAACAGGAACCGGAGUUGAAGGUGGAGCCAAAACCGGCGGCGGAGCCCAACGGUGAGGAGGGCAAGGGCGGUAAAGUGGAGGGCAAGGACAGAGAGGUGAAGGCCAAGGGGGAGGCGAAUGGGGAGGAGAGGAAGGUGGCCGUGCGGGUGAGGGCGGCGGACAUGCCGCUGGCGCUGCAGCGGCGCGCGAUCCGGAUCGCCCGUGAGGCCGUUCUCUCCAUGCCACGGCUCGAGAGCAAGCGCCUCGCGCUCGCGCUCAAGAAGGAAUUUGAUGUGACAUACGGGCCUGCUUGGCAUUGCAUUGUUGGAACAAGCUUUGGCUCCUACGUCACUCACUCCUUGGGAGGGUUCUUGUACUUCUCUGUUGACAAGGCGUACAUUCUUCUCUUCAGAACUGCUGUGGAGCCACUGAGCCACCCGUGAUAAGAUCUGGAAUCUAUCUUCUCUCACACAAGUGUAGAUGCAGCGCAAAUUUGUAAUUUAAACAGCUGUAAUACAUGCUCAGCACAGCAAGUUAAGUACUAGAGAAGGGUCGUGUCUCUACGUACAGAAACUUAAAACAAACAUAACAUGCCCCUGUCAAUUCUAAGUAUCUACGCAAGCAGCUGCUGUGUAAGGGCGUGUA